AUGCCCACACUCAAUGCCUCUUCCACUCUGCCCACUCUCUUCUGGGCCAACACGUCUGAAGGCAGUGUGCUGAGUCCCGACGGCGCUGCCAUUCCUGUGGAAUUCCUCGCCCUAAGGAUCACGGUUGCUGUAGCCUAUGGACUUGUGGGCAUCACGGGUUUGCUGGGAAAUCUGGCCGUGCUGUGGGUGCUGCGCAGCUGUGCUCAGAGAGCCCCGGGGCCUCCUUCCGAUACCUUUGUCUUCAGCCUGGCUCUGGCAGACCUGGGGCUGGCCCUUACCCUCCCUUUCUGGGCAGCUGAGUCAGCACUGGACUUCCACUGGCCUUUUGGAAGUGCCCUCUGCAAGAUAGUUCUGACCGCCACCGUCCUCAGCAUCUACUCCAGCAUCUUCCUCGUCACCACGCUGAGCGUUGCCCGAUACCGGGUGGUGUCCACGGCCGUGGGACCAGGCAGUCACCUCUCACUCUUUUGGGCCCGUGUGGCUACCCUGGCAGCGUGGGCGGCCGCUGCCGUGGUGACCAUACCGACGGCUAUCUUUGGGGGCGAGGAUGAGUUGUGGGGUGUGCACCUCUGCCUGCUGCGCUUCCCCAGCAGGUACUGGCUGGGGGCCUACCAGCUGCAGAGGGUGGUUCUGGCCUUCGUCCUGCCCUUGGCCAUCAUCACCACCAGCUACCUGCUGCUGCUGGCCUUCCUGCGCCGGAGGCGACCGCGACAGGACAGCAGGGCGGUGGCCCGCUCCGUCCGCAUCCUAGUGGCCUCCUUCUUCCUGUGCUGGUUCCCCAACCACGUGGUCACUCUCUGGGGAGUGCUGGUGAAGUUCGACCUGGUGCCCUGGGACAGGACUUUCUACACCGUCCACACCUACGUCUUCCCAGUCACCACCUGCCUGGCGCACGGCAACAGUUGCCUCAACCCUGUGGUCUACUGUCUCCUCCGGCGCGAGCCCAGGAGGGCCCUGGCUAGCUCCUUCAGGGAUCUCCUGUCCAGGCUUUGGCCUCAAGGAAAGGCCUCUGUGGAACAAGUGGCCUUUAAGGAGGUAGGCAGAAGUGGCCCUUCUACCGCACUCUCAAACACAAAGGGACACCUGGAUGAGGUUUGA